AUGUCUCAAUCAGCAACAGCAAAUCAAACCGACGGUAGUGAACCGUUUGAUUCAAAUUACUUGAAUUGGUCUGUGUUGUGUUUAUCAAUUCUGGCUAUUUUCGGUGCACUCGGCAAUCUUUUAGUUUGUGCAGCAAUUUCACUCGAUAAACGUUUGCAAACUGUCACCAAUUGGUUUCUGUUUUCGUUGGCUAUUGCUGACUUUCUCGUUAGUGUCAUCGUUUUACCACUUUCGAUUAUCAAAGACUUUCAGGGUUCAUGGAAACUGCCAGUUAUACUGUGUAAUAUCUACGUUUUCCUGGAUGUUUUAUUAUGUACAACAUCUAUCUGGCAUUUGACUGUUCUGUCAAUCGAUCGUUUUCUUCGUAUAUCUCGACCAUUCCGUAGUCGAGAACGAAGUAAAUGCAAAACGUUCUUCACCAUUCUCUCGAUUUGGACGUUUUCCAUUGGUAUCUCAUGUACGAUAUUAAUACUCGGAUUUCUCGACACUCAAAACAUUUUAGUAAUUAACAAUAAUAAUAAACAAGUUUGCGUUCUGAACAAUCGUUCGUUUAUUAUCUAUGGAUCUAUCGUGUGUUUCUGCGUCCCAUGUGUACUGAUGUUAGUUACUUAUUCGUUGACAAUACGACGUUUACAAGAAGAAGCAGCAAAAUGCUAUUCUGAUCCCGACGAGUCUCUAAUGAUGAUGUCUCAAACAUCGCAUCGCUUACGACGUCACCGAUCGUGUUCAAAAGUCCGUUCUCCGUCGUACUAUGCGAGCGCAUCAUUGAGAGAACUACGUAGUUCUUCAUCUAUUCCAACACCAUCUACGUCUCGUUCACAAACGAUACUUGACACAGAUGAUAAACUAAACCAAACUGAAUGGUCAACUCGAUCGCCGACGCCAACGAGCAGUGUUCAACAACGUUUAUUUCUUCACAAUACUCUUGUGCGUAAAGCGGUUCACGCAUUGAAGAGUGGAACAGAAACAACAAGUGAACGCCGGGCGAUGACCGUUCUUGGCAUUGUAUUCUUUGUCUUUCUGGUCGCUUGGCUUCCAUUUUCGAUUUUGAAUAUUCUUGCGGCCGUUUGUUCAUCUUGUCGUGUCAAACCAUCCUUGUUAAAUCUAACCAGUUGGCUUGGCUACAUCUCUUCAAAUAUCAAUCCGGUUAUCUACACAGCGUUUAAUGUUCGGUUUCGUCGCGCGUUCGUCUCAAUUUUGAAAUGUCAAUUGAGUUAUUUUUCUCACAAACGCAAAGAAAAUAGUUUGUAUAUAUUUAUCGCUUCGAAAACGAAUUCGAAAGCGAUGUCUACGAAUCAACCGUCAUAUUAUUAUACAACACGGCGAUUAUGA